AAAAAUCGGGUCGCGUUGAAAAGAAACAUUACAAAAAUCACCACUCCAACUAUUCGUUGAUAGCUAGGGAACAGAUAGCCGACUGCUCUGAAAUUAAAUAAAAAUCACCUCAUCAAGUCAUACAAGCAAACGUGUAUAAUACGCACCUGCUACUGUGCACAAAUCAUAACCAAUCUCAACAUCCAACCAUUACGUGAUUUGUAAGCUCCCCCUUACACGACAGGCGAUCAACAGUUCCCUGUGUUAUUUAGUACAUCAGUGCUUCACGUCUGACAAGCUCAGUAUCAGCCCGUUGCUGAAAGUUUGCGUGUGCGACAGGUCUCGUAUCAGUUCAGUGGCAAUCGGAUAUUCAAAAGUGCUGGACCUAUUCACUAAAAUAAAUUAGGCGUUGAUCGAGAAAAUAUCAUGCUGCGCAGCAUAGUGAAAGUCAAGGUUGGACAAUCUUCCCAGUGUGCGGGAUUGAUUCGCUUACAGAGUACACAAGCGCAACCGGCGGCGGUAACCGCUUCGGCACAGGAAUCCAAUGUUGAUCCGGAAUGGGAAACUGCCUUACCAUUCGAUAGGAUUCCCGGGCCCAGUUUAUGGCAGAUGAUGAAGAAUUUCGCCCCCGGAGGACGCUAUCACAAUGUCACACUACCGGUGAUGCACAAGUAUUUUCAAGAGGACUUCGGCAGCUUGAUCCAUAUGCCAGGUCUGUUCGGUCGGAAGGACAUCCUGCUCAGUUUCAACCCGGAUGAUUUCGAGAAGCUAUUUCGUGCGGAAGGAAAGUGGCCCGUCCGGCGGUCGAUGGAGAGCUUUGUGUAUUACCGCAAAGAGGUUCGUGCGGAUGUGUUCAAAGGAUUGGGCGGUCUCCUAACGGAAGAGGGUGAAGCAUGGCAAUCGUUUCGAACUGCCGUUAAUCCCGUAAUGAUGCAGCCAAAGACGAUUAAACUGUAUGUUUCGAAGGUCGAUGAAGUUGCCAGAGAGUUCAUGGAAAUAAUGAAAAAUAUUCGCGAUGAGAAGAAUGAACUACCGGAUGACUACGACCAGUGGUUAAAUCGAUGGGCACUCGAAACAAUGGGAGUUUUGGCUUUGGACACUAGACUAGGAGUUCUGAAAGAUGAAUCUGAUGAAGCCAAGCAUAUCGUUUCGAGUAUUCGACAGUUCUUUGAGCUAUCCUAUCGUAUCGAGGUAUUACCGUCAAUGUGGAAAUACAUCAAAACGCCCAAAUUCCGAAAGUUGAUGAACACGUUGGAUGAUCUUACAAAAAUCGUCAUGUCCAAAGUAGAUCAUGCCGUGAUUAGGUUGGAUAAAAAUCCCUCCACUGACAGUGAUACCCAGAGUGUGCUCGAGAAACUACUAAAAGUUGAUCGAAACGUAGCUGUUGUCAUGGCUUUUGAUAUGCUGUUGGCCGGGGUCGACACGACUUCAUCCGGUACAAUUGGCGUCCUCUACUGUUUGGCCAUGAACCCCGACAAGCAGGAAAAAUUACGCCAAGAACUCCGUACUAUCCUCCCGUACAAAGAUUCCCCCUUGACUCCGGAGAAUAUGCGCAAUCUUCCGUACCUUAGGGCUUGCAUUAAAGAAGGUCUACGGAUUUGUCCACCCACCGCAGGAAAUGCUCGUGCCGCUGGCAGGGAUAUGGUUCUGCAGGGUUACCGAGUUCCCAAAGGGACGGAUGUGGCGAUGGCAUCGAUGCUGUUGCAGAACGACGAAUUGCAUUUUGCCCGAGCCAAGGAGUUUCUUCCGGAGCGGUGGCUGAAAGAGGAAGCAUUCCCAGGUGGCAAGAACAUCAAUCCGUUCGUGUAUCUGCCGUUUGGAUUCGGUGCCCGAGCUUGCAUCGGAAAGCGUUUAGCCAUGAUGGAGAUGGAGAUGGUGAUUUCUCGGAUUACGCGUCAGUUCGAUUACCGCUGGCACUACGGCGAGCUGAGGGUUCGUGGAGCUCUGGUUAAUAUUCCGGAAAAUAAGCUCAAGUUUCAGAUGAACGAGUUGGAUGAUUAGCGAGGUUGUUCAAAGAUGUUUCAAAUGGGGAAAGAUAUGUUAUUGCAUGCAUGUUUAAUAAAUGUAUUGAUCGCAAA